UAACUUCUUACCUGAAGAAAUCAGCACCAAUUAGGAAAUGGCCAAAGUCGAAAGGUUUGCUUUUCAUGUCCCAAGUCUGGAGGAGCUUGCUGGGGUUUUGCAGAAAGGGCUUAAAGAGAACUUUGCUGAUGCUCAAGUCUCUGUUGUAGAUUGUCCUGAUCUGACUCAGGAACCCUUCAACUUUCCUGCUAAAGGAAUCUGUGGAAAGCCUAGGAUAGCAGAUGUGGGAGGCGUUCCUUACCUCAUACCUACUGUACAGAAAGAAAAAGUUUAUGAUCUAAAUAAAGUUGCAAAGGACAUAGAGCUGCCUGGAGCUUUCAUUCUUGGAGCUGGAGCUGCUUCAUCCAAAGUUCUUGGAAUAAAUGCUGAGCUUAUCCCUAUUGUUCAAACUAAGAGUGAAAAAAAGCCUGCUGUAAAUGGGAGCUACGUUGCUCAGAUAAAUCCUGCAGAUAAAGGGUGCCUGCUUGAGAAGUACAGCAGCAAAUACACCGAUUGUGAGUUUGGACUGCUGGCCAACCUUUAUGCCAGCGAGGGCCAACCUGGUAAGGUCAUUGAAGUGAAAGCUAAUGGAAGAACCGGGGAGCUUAACUUUGUGACCUGUCUGAGACAAACUUUAGAGAAACACUAUGGAGAAAAGCCAGUUGGGAUGGGUGGUACGUUUAUCAUUCAGAAGGGGAAAGCAAAGAUUCACAUUAUGCCUCCAGAAUUUUCUGCCUGUCCCCUGAAUACUGAUGAGGAUGUGAAUAACUGGCUCAAAUUCUUUGAAAUGAAGGCUCCACUGAUUUGUCAGCCAGUAAUAGUUUCCAGAGAUCCAGGCUUCGACCUGCGUGUGGAGCACACGCACUGCUUCAGCCACCACGGGGAAGGAGGGCACUACCACCAGGACACCAGCCCGGACAGCGUGCAGUACCUGGGCUACUUCCAGCCCGCCGAGCUGCUCUUCCGCAUCGACAGGCCCCAGGAGACGCACCUCGUCGGGAGAGACUGAGCCCCGGG